AUUUUAGCAAAAUAACUUUUUGGAAAUGAACUUAGAUUCUAUUUAUUAAACAAGUACAACAGGUUAUAUGAAAGAAUUUGUCCAAAAUCCCAAUGUUCUAAAAAUUAGUUUACGCGGCGCCUAGAUGUCCGCCUACUCGGUAAAUCGAAGUUAUUACUGAGUCGAUUUUUAGAAUUAUUUUUUAAAAAUUGAUUUAGGCGCUCAAAAGAUAAUAAUCACAUCAUCAAUAAUCUCAUAUAAAAAAUCUAACUAGCGCUUAACAAUUUUUUGAGCAUUGAAAAAUAUCUUUUGAUAUAUAAAUUUGUAAAAAACUAAAUGCCCUCCCUUCUUUGUGUGGUUGGGUAAUUGUGGUAAUGUCAUAAUACUUCCAAGACUACAACAUUGUUAAGGGUUGAGGCUGGGUAAUAUUUUCAGUAAAUAAACAUAAGAACCGGCUAAUAUCUACCGGUUUAAGAAAACUAAACCGGAUUGAAGGGAGAAUAAAAAGUUAUUAGAAACACUUUUUUAUUUUCGAGUAUUUAAACAGAGGGAGACAGCAAAGUGGAUCUGGUAGAAAUUAAGGGUUCAAAAAUCCAAAUCCACCAAAAUCUCUCCGGCAAAUCGCUGAAGUAAGUUUUGCCUUCCUUCCUUUUUGUUUAAAACUAUCAGGGUCUAAGCAGUGUUUGAGAUUUUUGUUCUAAUCACUUAACGAUCAGAUGUGUAAACAUGUUGCAUGGCAUGUUUUGGGACAACUAAGUAUUGUCAUGCAUGGCUGAGAAAUGUGGUAUGCCUUUGUUUUCUAAUUAACUCCCUGGGCUGUUUUUUGGCUACCUCCUUUGAGAUUAAAUUUGAAGUUGAUGUCUUUGUAGUGAUGAAUAGCAUGUUUUUAUUUCCAGGCAUGCGUCAAUCCUGAUUGUCUCUAUUUGCACGAGGUUGGUUCUCAAGAGGACAAUUUCACUAAAGAUGAGAUCAUAUAUGCUCAUACACUGUAAUUUUGUCUUCUUAAAUUGUAAAAUUCUCUCAUGCUACCUCCACCACUGGAUGCGUUUGGUAGUGACAGUUCUUCUGCAAAACCAAUUGUAAAUGUUCCAUCCAGGUGUAAGUUCAAUUAAACGAACUUCAAUUUUGCAAGAUUUCCUAUUUAUUAAUCAUAUCUUGUGAUGUUACAUGACUAGCGUAUAAAAUCCUAUCAGAUUUAUCAUGUCUCAAUUUAUUUUCUAUUAGCAGAAUGCAGCAAGUGUUCCCAGGCAUUCUGCUUUAUAUGAGAAAUAUUGUAAUCGAUCUAAAUAAAAUAUGAAAUUCUGUUGCAGGGGGUCACAUAUUGCAAACCAGCAGUCUUUAGCAACCUCGGUUAUCUCAAAUAGAUCUACUGAAAUACAAAGAACAACAUCCGUAAAUGGUACAUUGGCCUUUUCUGCUGUUGUUGCAAACGCAGCUCAUGGUCCUGUAUCCACUAAUGACGUUCUUAAAAGGCUAUCCAGUUCAACAGACUCUUCUUAUGAUGGCAGAGACCUUGCCAACCAUUCAGCUACUGUAAACUCAUUUGACGAUACAGAUGAGGCUGUAGAAGAAGACUUGUUUGCUGUUGUUUCACAAAUGGAGAUAACUACGAAUUUAAGAGAUGAACACCCUGAUAUUGAAAUGGCGAUUGGUAGUAAGUGUGAUCAAGGUUCUAUUAGACAGCCUGUUCAUGAAGUAUCAAAGUCGCCACAUUUAGAGCAAUGUAGGGUGGAUAGCGCAAACACUGAUGAAAAAGCUACUCCAUCAGAGACUGAGGUUUCGUACACAAUGCUAGAGUGGGGUUGGAGAUCAGAUUUGCAAUCCCAGAGGCAAGUUAGUUCAAAAUGGGAUGUAGAGGAUAUAUCAAACUUGGAGGAACUUGUUGAUCAGCGAUCUAGUACUCUUAAACUUGGAAACCUCCUGAAGCAGCAUAACAGCCAGUCCAGAUUUUCUGUUGCCCGGUAUGAGGAACCUAGUAAUCAAGGAUUUGAAAGGGAGAACCGUAGCAUUUAUGGGCAGGUUUCAAGAGAUCAGCCUAUUCCGGAGUCUGUUGUGGUGAGCCGAGAUAUCUAUCGUGAUAAUCUCGGGAGUGUAAAUGGAUUUGCUUCAAACUACUCUGGUGGAUUGGAAAGCUUUGCUGCUAGUCCUUUAUACUCUUCGUACAAGGCUCCAGUUUCACGUCCCCAAGUUUCUGCACCUCCAGGAUUUUCUGCUCCCAGCAGGUUGCCUCCUCCUGGCUUCUCUUCUCAUGAAAGAGUGGGGCUAUCUUCAGAUGCUGCAGUAAGUAAUUCUUUGUUUUUAUUAUUAUUGGGUAGUCAGAGUGCGCGUGACAGUGCCGUCCCUAACAUUUUAGUGGCCUAAAGCAUAUUUUCAUAUGUGGCCCUAUAUUUAAAAUAUAUAAUUGUACAUAUUUUAUCAUCUUAUUUUAUUAAUAUUUUGAAUUUUUGCAAAAGACAAUAUAAAAUAUAUAAAUCAUCACUAAGGUUCUGAUUUUACUUGAUAUUUGUAAUUUAGUAGUUUUGGGUACGUUAAAACUUUUUCGUUUAUAACUUUUCAAGCAUGAACCUUUUUUUUUAAGAAAAUGUUGACUUUACUUGGUUUUUAAAGUGUAUUAAGUACAAUCUAAUAAUACAUUGGUGAAAUUUUUGUUUGGAAAAGAUGGUUUCAAAAACUUAAACUAUAUAUAGGUUGAAAACCAUUUGUCUAAAAUGAGACAAAGAAACAGAAUAAAAAUGUAGUAAAAGAAAAGAACACAAAUUAUUUGGUUAAAAAACUUUAAAGGUGAGGAGAAAAUUGUAUAAUCAAAAAAAUUAAUAAACCAAAUAAAAAAAGUGAUAAACCAUCU